CGUGAGUUGGAGGGAGCGUGAUGAGCAACCUACGUGGGGGCCUCGCAGACUUGGGCCCAAGGACAGGCACAAGCACUGUUCGGCGGGCGCUCUUGCAAACCAGACUUGCCAGCAAGCCAACACCGCCGCCGACAAGGUGGAGAGCAGGGUAUAAGAAGGCGAGUCGAGCGUCGUUCCCACUCUUUCUGUCUCAUCCAACCACCUCGCCCACUUCGGCCAGCUCUCACACACACCCACUUGCCAACAUGUCCCCCAGCUUCUCCUCCCUCUUCGCAUUUGCGGCGCUUGCCACCACCUCGCUGGCCUCGAGCGUUACUCUGCAGAACUCGUGCAGCUACCCCGUCUGGGUGCGCGACUCGUCUCCCGGCGCCAACGGCCGCAUCGUCCGCGUCAACGCCAAUUCUCCGUCGACGGACGUCACGCAGGGCGGUGCCGGCUUUGUCCUCAACCUCCUCACGGGCUGCUCCGACGACUCCGGUAAUGGCUGCGCCACGGGCGACGUAGGCGGGGGUGCUCUGCCCUUUGGCCGCGUCGAAGCCACCUUCACCGACACGUACGUCAACUACGACCUCUCCCUCGAGUACGGGUGGAACGUCCCCGUUGAGAUCGGCGCUCCUUCGUGCCCCUACUUUGCCUGCACUUCGCUCCCUGGUUGCCCCGUCCCUGGACCAGACGGUUCUUGUUACUCGCCCUGCUGCGCCUCGGCGGACAACUGCCAGGGAACCAACAGCUGCCCCUACGAGACGCGCGACAACGGUCCCGGUGGCAAGGGCGUCAACUCGCAGUAUUACAUGGACACUUGCCCUAACGCUUAUGCUUGGCCGAUUGAGGACAGCGACGUGCCCAGCGCCUACAUUGACACCAACUGCGGUAACCAGGAUCUUCAGAUCAACUUCUGCCCUCCCGUUGGCAACAGCAACAUCCCCCGCUCGUAGAGGUGGCGGUGUUCUCGCAACGGAAGAGGCCCGACAAGAAUCGCCCUGAUCGCUCUUUUCUUUCCAUAUCUUCGUCUCCCCAGCUUCGGAAUUGAAUCACAUUGC